AUCAACCUCAAAGCGGCGUCCAAUGAGGCGGCACCUCUCCUCCGAAGCCGAAUGUUGAUGUGGAGGAUCUGACCAAUAAGAGCUACGAUACCCUGCUCGUGCUGCUUUCGCGGCAAAAAGGAUUUGGCGCGCAAACGUGUGCGGGGCCGGGAGCAGCUGGGAACAAUAACAGUGCCUUGAGCUGAGCUUGAGUAGAUCAAAGGGGCUUGGCUGAGCGCUCUAGCGGAAAGACUCGGGGAGAAGAAGAAGGAGCCCGACUUGUGGGAGGUUAAGAGAAAUCUAAGCGGAGCUGGGCAGGGCAGCUCAGCUAGGAAGUCGGCAUUGACCCGCAAAGCGUGGGCGGAAGAGAGCCCUGUGUAACCCUCAGCCUUGCCUUCCCAGCGGCGCUCAGAGUCUUUGUGGGGGGAUUCUCAGAUGACCAGGAAAACAGCCUUGGUGCCCUCCGCUCUUGGCCUUGCCUCCUCCUUUCAACUUACGGCCCUGGCUGGCUGCACCUCCGCGGGACACCAUUUCCCGGGCCUCUGGUCUUAAGGAGAAUGGGGCGUGCUCGUGGCUUUCAGCCCUUGCCAUCCGGUGUGUCCCUCCACCCCGGCGUCCAGGACGAUGGUACUGCUCCCCUGAUACGACUCUGAUUCCCGGGAAGUCCUUUCAAGACGGGGGGGGGAAGAGAUCUCUUGAUUUCCUGCGGUGUGUGGGGGAAGGGAGGGAGAGGAGGGGGCAAGAUCAGGCCUCCCCCCUUCCUCCUUCACCACCCCACUCUCGUCCAGGCUCCCGGGCAUGUGAGUCCCGGCGUUUUGUAUCAUGUCUCUGGAGCGUCUGGGAGUGACUCAGAAUGUGGCAGACCUGGAAGCCCUCUUGAGGGGAGCAGAGGCCAUCCAUGUGAUGGAACAGCAGAUCGUGAUCAUUUCCACCCCAGACCAGCUCCCCACGACCGAAGGAGAGAACGAUACCGAACUGCUGCUGUUCGCCACUCCACAGCCUGCCAGAUUGGAGACAGCAACGCAAAGGCCUCCUCUGGAACGUCCACCGGUAAAACGAAAACUGAACUUGGAGACUGACCACCAGUACAUUGCAGAGAGUGUUCAAGCAUCCAGAGGAAAAGCAAAACACCCUGUCAAAGGGGUGAAGUCUCCUGGAGAGAAAUCCCGCUAUGAAACCUCUCUGAAUCUGACCACCAAGCGUUUCCUGGAGCUGCUGAGCCAAUCGCCUGAUGGUGUUGUGGAUCUCAACUGGGCUGCAGAGGUGUUGAAAGUGCAGAAGAGGCGGAUCUAUGACAUCACAAAUGUCUUGGAGGGUAUCCAGCUGAUCACCAAGAAGUCCAAGAACCAUAUCCAGUGGCUGGGUAGCCGGGCUGCUGUGGGGAGUACCAGCAAGAGCCAGGGGUUGGUGAAGGAACUCCAGGAUCUUCAGGCAGCAGAACAGCAACUGGACAAUCUCAUCCAGAUGUGCACUACUCAGUUCAAGCUCCUCACGGAGGACCCUGAGAACAAGCACUCAGCUUAUGUGACAUGUCAAGAUCUGCGCAGCAUUGCAGACCCCUCCGAGCAACUGGUGAUGGUGAUCAAAGCCCCCCAGGAGACGCAGAUGCAAGUCUCUGACCCAACAGAGGCUUUCCAAAUUGCUGUGAAAAGCACUCAGGGCCCCAUCGAUGUGUUCCUGUGUCCAGAAGAGAGCUCUGCAGACUGCAGCCCCAUCAAGAGUCCAUUGAAAAUGGCUGCUGAGGAACCUUCUCCGGGAUCUUCACAAGCAUCGACGUCUGUCCUUCUGCACCCCUCCCAGGAAAUGAAUUUACCAUUGCUGAGUGCAGAUCAAGAGCCCCUCUUGCCUGCGGAGAGCAAUCUGCCACUGAAGUCCCCUGCAGAUGAUGUGAACUUCUCACCACUGGCCUCCGUGGAUGCUUUGCUCCAGCAGGGCAAGGAUGACUUCUCAAGUUUCCUGCCCACUGAAUUCAUUGCACUUUCGCCACCCCAGACCCAGGACUAUCAUUUUGGGCUCGAGGAGGGUGAAGGCAUCAGUGAGCUCUUUGACUGUGACUUUGGAGACUUUACUUCCUUGGAUUUCUGAGCAACCUCAGGUGGGGUGGGGGUGGGGGAAUGCAACUCAGCUGACCCUGCCCAACCACAGGGCAUCCUCUCAGAGCUGACGUCUGAAUGUAACCACAAGGCUAGCCUUAGCCUCCUUGGCCAGCAUGCUGUGGAGUAGACUCCAGCGGAGGAGAGAAAAAGCUUGAGGCAGCAGCGGCAGGGAUGCGAUUCAGUUCCUGGAGAUGGCUGUCUUGUCAUGAUUGAGAAAGGUGCCUAUGAAGCUAAUCGCUGCUGUGAAUGUUGUAGGCCUCUUUCUGUGGCCUUAUCAGGGGUCAGCAGGCACCAUCUUCAGCCUGCUGCAUCCAGGCCUAUAGUAGUAGUGGCUAGGAUCAGUGGGUGGACUCAUCUUGAUUCACUGGUGCCAUGUUGUGACUCUGUAGGGAUAGUCCUAGUAAUUAAUGCUGUUGCCCUAGCAACAGCUCUUAACUCUCGCUCAGCCACUCCUUUCCCUGAAUCCUCACUGAAUCAUAUUUAGUGGUGGGCAGUCUCCCCCUCCCUCUCAGCUGUUUAUCCUUCCUUCCUAUGAGCAAGUCCCUCUGUUGCCUUGGAAACCAUGACGGUCAGAAGAUCUCCUUCUGAGAACAGGUGCUCCUUCCCUCAUACUGUCAGCAAAGUUUCCUUUGAGUUGUAAGGCAGUAAUGGUCUUGACCUUGUUGUGAGGGAGCACCUCUCUGCUAACCAGCUGUAGAACAAAAAGGCAGGAAUGGUAGUUCUAAAUAAUUGGUGAUAACCUGACACCCCAUUGUCCUGCAGACCAGAUCAUUCUGGUUGGCUGGCAUUGAGGCAGCAACAGUUUGCAGUUUAAGAACAAGGGGGUGAGUUGUUUUUUGCUGGCAAGGUAAACCUGAGAUGUGUAAUCCAGUGGUAAAAUAGUGGCCAUUUUGAGGAAACGAAGCCAAGUGGGUUGAGGUGGUGUGGAGAGAAUCUUUCAGUUGGAAGAAGGAGAAGAAGAAAAGCUGCUUAGAGCUAGUGAAACAAAAUAAUCGUAUGUGCCUGAAGAGUUGCUUCUCCCCCCCCUUUGUGUUUUAAACUAGUGUUUGAAAAAGAGAGGCGAACUUUUGAAUGCAAAAGUCAAGAAUGGUGGAGUGAGUUGUUUCUGGGUAUUAGCGUAGAGCAAGAGAAUUUUCUUCUCUGAGGUCCUACUCAUGAUAAAGCUUUAAGGAGAGUUCUGCAUAGAUUAUUUAUUUAUUAUGGGCUUCCCACCCUCUACCCCAUUAUGCUUUUUUGGAAGGCCUCUGAUUCUCCCACCUCCUGGUGUGGAAUGUGUUCGAUUCUGGGGAUGGGUUUGGUCUUUUAUUUUGUUUUUUUUUAAAGUAGUUGGCUAGAUGGCCAGUGGGUUUAGUUGCCCUUAUCUUUGAUGAACAGGAGACAGAUAGGGCGAUGCUUAAGGUGAAGUCAGCCAGAACAUUUUGCUUUGGCAGGAGAGAGUCCAAAACAUGGCUCACUAGUCUUCAUUAAAGCAAAGGAUUCUGUUCACUGACUCUAGCUCAGAUAAUAGUGUAAGACAGCACAUGAUGAAUGCCUUUUUUCCCGAAGACUUGUUCGACCCUUCCCCUGGAAAGCUAAAGGCACAAAGUCCUGACUGACUUCAGUCUCCGCAAUGCCCAACUGCCCCUCCCCUGCCCCCUGUGCUAAGCACUGUGGGAUUCCCUGCCCCCCAGAAGUCAUGAAUUCAUAUUAUUUAUUUAUUAUUUAUGUGGCUCCAUCCAGUGCUCCUGGAAGGUUAAAGGAAAGUUAUUGGAGGAGGAGACUGCAUGAAGUAAAAACUCUGCACGCCCAAGCAUGUAGAAAGAGACCAUAUUGUAUCCUGGUAGAAUAGCUAACCUAGCAGAAUUGAGAAUGGAGGAUUUGGAAGCGAGUAGCUGGUGUGUUGUAGAUGAGCUGUUGGCUGCGGUAGGACAAGAUUGCUGUGUGUCCCCAUCCACGUGAUGGGAGUGUGGCUGGUCAAGAUGGUUGUAUUGAAAUGCUAUUUAUUGGUAGAAAAAUGAACUGCAGGUUCAUUUUGUACAGGAAUACUUUUGGGGGGGCAGGGGUGUUAACAAGGAGGGAAAGGGUGAGAGAGAGACAUACUGACCUAGUUAUAUGAGUCUGAGCAAGGAAUAUCUCUCUUCUGGCCUUAUCCAUAUUGAAGAGCAGCUUUAGUUGUCAGAAAGCCAGGACAAAUGAGGCUUCAGCGAAACCUUUAAAGUUAUGGAUGUUGCUGGCUUCAUAUCAUAUGACAGGGCAGCUAUCAGUGCUGUCCCUUGGGUGUCAGCUUCAAUAAUACCACAAAUUUCAAUUACUAGAACUCACCAAAGCAUGAGAGACUUCAUACAAGUCUCUCUUGCAUCACAGAAAAGGCCACUGUGGCUGUAUGUGUGUGAAGCUUUCAUACUCAGCAACUCGGUGUCUGGUGUAGGCGGUCUUUACGGUGUUGAUAGGUUUGUGGAACAGCCUUGUCCAUCUGGGCUAGUUCUAUCAGGAAAAGAUGCUGUGUAGGCAUUUUAGAACAAGAGGGCUGGGACCCCUCUUGUGCAUGGUGGCACUUGAUUGUGGGUACCCUAAAACUGCACUGGAAGCUCUUCUGCUGGCCAGAGUGGUGGGGGAUGGAGAAUAAGAAUGGAGCCUUUCUAACUGGGCUGCCUUUGGCUGUCAUAUACAGAAUGAGUCCUCAGCCCUGCUUAAGCAUUUAAGCCCUCUCAUCCAAACACUUAACAGGGCUGUGUGCACCAAACCCUCCUCCCCUGACCACUGCACAGUCAGAAUGAAGGUUUGCAAGGAUUCUAUCCUCAUUCAGCUGAACAUAGUAAUAAAGAUGGAGAUGCAUUCUGUCAGUCAGUCAAAUACUCUGUUAACAGCACUGUUCUUCAGUCUUGGGUACCCAGAUAAGUCUACAACUCCCAUCAUCCUUUGCCAUUGGCUAAACUGGCUGGGAUUAAUGGGAGUUGUAGUCCAACAUCUGGGGACCCAUGGUUGAAGAUAUGUGGCCUACAGCAUGUAUUGUUUUUUCACUCCUGCCGUAAAGCUGAAACUUAAGAGCAACCCUUCCGUAGCUAAGCUCUGUAGUCACUGCAAAAGGAGAAACAGCUGUCUCCUAGCAGGCAGAACAUCUGCAAGUUCUGUCCUGAAGCAAGAAGAGUUAUAUUCUCCACAGAAAACACAUGUGCGCCUUUUAGAAUGGGUGCCAUAAUGUGUGCUUUUACAUCUUUACCCUAGCCUUAUUUCCUGAUUCAGACAACAGUGUAGGGUCUUGAUCACAUUCACCUGAACAACUUUCUUCUAGUUUAAGUGCACAGGACUCCUGUCUGAUGAUCUCUCCUCAUGAGAAUGUGGAUAACCUAAGAAAUGUGGGUCAGUGCACAGAGAAACAAGCUGUUGCCAUAAUGUCACUACUUCCAAACAACUUGUUGAGACCAGCCGUUUCUUCUUGGUAUGCCUGUUCUGUGCACAGCUGUACUUUUCUUAGGGAGUGGGGAAUGUCUUUUUCAAGGGCUUGCCCCAUUGCCGACUCAGAUCAUGCUUUCUGGUUCGUGUAAAGUGCCUCACUGUAUUCCCCAGCAGCCUCCAUAGCGUAGGCCACUUCACAGGCCUUUUGGGGUUUUGAUACAGCUAACAAAAUUUUUCCAAAACUGCUGACUGCAAAAGCCAGAAACAAAUUGGUCCCAUAAAGCAUCACUUUAUUUUUUUAUUUAUUAAAUUUAUAUCCCACCCUUCAUCCCCAACAUUCAUUCAAAUGGGUAGUGUUUCGAUAAUUUUCCUUGAGCAGCUGCAAUGGACACUUCUGGGUUUCACUGAUGGAACCCAUUUAACAUUCCGCUAUCAUUCAUUGGGUGAGGAAAAAAUGAUCUUGCAUGCUUGCUGUGAUGUCAGAGCACUUAGCAUUUCCAGGAAAUGUCAGAGGCAAUAAAUCAAGUAGCACUCCUUACAUUUUGAAUGAUUGCCGAAUGAGUUUCAGCAUUCCUGGAAGCUGCCUAAAACGAAUGAAUAUCUGGAAUGGAGGUGCAGGCUACACAUUUCUCUUCAAAAACAUGUUACUCAUGCUUCAGGGACUUUGUUGAAUUCUUCUGUGUUGCCUAGAGAAGUUCCCACAUUUUUGAGGAGGAGGACAGCUCUUGAGAUUAAGCACAAGCACUCUUUCAGUGUGCUGGCCGUGAAUGGUAGCCAGCCAGAGUCUCAGUUCUGGUUUCUCUGCCUUCCUGGGCUGCAAUAAGGAGGAUUUGUUGAGCACCAAUAUAUGGUUGAUGAGCUACUUUUGCCUUGAUAGGUCACAAGUUCUAGAGACCUGCUUUCUUGUGUUCUGUGGACCCCUCUGGUUAGUUAAGGAAAAUAAACUGGUCCUUUGCCAGACUUGUACAGGCAAGACAGCUGCUGUCUACCCUACUAGCUGUAGUUUUCAACUUUGCAUAAAAAAGCUGCUCAAUUUUUCCAGCUCUCAACCUCAGAUGUCAUGUCACGUAUAGCAGAAGUCUAUCCAGUAAUUCUUUUUCAGGUUGCCUACCUUCUCUUGCUCAUUUUGCCUCUACAGUUAAGUUUUCCUGUGGUUGAAUAAUCUUUUUGUAAAAUAAAAAUAAAACUAGGUCUUUCAUCUUAUUUGAGGCCUGGGAGGUACCUGUGUCAAUGUGCUCCAAAUAGCAGUAGACUGAAAGAUCCUUGUUGCCAGAUAAAAUGAUCAGCACCCUAAGUGACAGAGAAAACAAAAGGCUCCACAGGGGUAAAGGAGCAGUACAUCACAGCCUAUGAGAAAAGGAGGUGCACUAUGCACGUUGAUCUUGCAUGGUUAAAGAAAUCAAACUGAAAAGUGAGUGUGUAUCAUAUGUACAAAACAUCUUCCAGGGCUUCUUUUGUUGGAAAGGUGGCCUAUAUGCCAUUAGACAGAACUUCCAAGGAGUUGGCAAGAGGGAGACUCAGCCACUUAACUGUAUUGGUUAAAAUGAAUUUUGGAGAUCCAGGUAAAAGUGCGUUGGAUCCAAAGCCUGUUGUGAGAAGAGCUGAACAUAUGAUAUUCCAGUAUCUUGAAUGUGAGCAUGGAUUUCUAGAAGCAGCUGUAGAAAGUUCUAUUGAUAUCAGUCUGAGAAAAUGAUACAGGGAGUGAUGGGAUGGAAGAGGAUGGGAGCGGGCUCUUUCUCCCUUCCUGCUUUUCACCCAGAUGGGAGCACUUACACAAAUACAUAUACCAAUAGCUUUGAAAAGCUAUUGGAGCAAAGAAAUAAAAGCCUAGAUUAUGUGUGAUUCUUCUCCUUCCAGUAGGUCUUUGUUCCUCCUUCCAGUGAAAAGUAGGGGCAAGUCCAAGUAGAGAUUGGCUUUUGUCAAGUUUUUAUUAAAAUUGAAAGCACAGUAAGAGGGGAAAAUGUCUUCCGCCCCAGUGAGAGAGUGUGUGGAGUUUGUGUUGGAGGUGGAUGCUUCAUGGAAAGGACUACAGAAUUUCAAGCAUUUUGGGAGAGCAUUGGUAUUUGGUUGGGGCAGCUAAAGGCUGCUGGGAUAUUGUGGUGAUGGUUCUUAAGGGUUGCACCUUUUUUCUUUUGGUAAGUGCCCAGCCAGGAGCAGUUGGUCCUUUGGCAGCCAAGCAACUACGUGCAUUGCAAAAACUGCAGCAAAUCCCAGUGCCUGAAAUAAACUUCUGUGUGCCUUAUUUAAUAUAUAAAACAAGCCUGUUCAUGAUUUGUGCUUUUAGUUUUAAUAAAUAUUUCUACUUCA